UACACGUACACGCUACCGUACCGGUACGUAUUCCAACUAAACUGAAACCAGCGACCUCGGUCAGCUCAGCUCGGAGCCGGAAAACUGUCAAUUCAUACUUUCAUAGAACAAAAGCUACAGGCACAAACACAAUUGGCAUAGUCAUUUUGAUGCUUCGACUUCGACAACUGGAAGGGAGCUUUCGUCGUUUGUGCACGAUGGCAGCCAAAGAAUAUGACUAUCUGGUGCUCGGGGGCGGGUCCGGCGGUCUCGCCAGCGCGAGGAGGGCCACGGAGUUCGGCGUGACUGCUGCGGUCAUCGAAGGCAAGCGACUUGGAGGAACUUGUGUGAAUGUCGGCUGUGUUCCUAAGAAGGUAAUGUUCAAUGCUGCAUUUCAUAUGGAAAUGAUUCAUGAUCAUCGGGAUUAUGGCUUCGACGUUGAUUAUAAAGGAUUUAAUUGGAGUAUGAUUAAAGAGAAACGUGAUGCCUAUGUCAAACGUCUGAAUGGCAUUUAUGAAGCGAACCUGAACAAAUCCAAGGUAGACAUCAUUCCUGGUCACGGUACGUUCACACCCGAUGGAUGCAUAGAGGUCAAUGGUCAAAAGUACAAAGGUCGUCACACCUUGAUUGCUAUAGGCGGGGAACCAACAUUUCCAGAUGUCCCAGGUGCUGAGCAUGGAAUCAGCAGUGAUGGAUUUUUUGAACUGACAGACCUUCCAAAGAAGACUGCUGUGGUCGGAGCAGGAUACAUUGCUGUUGAAAUGGCAGGAAUCCUCAAAGAACUCGGAAGUGAUGUGUCCCUCUUUAUCAGGAGAGACAAGGCACUGAGGAACUUUGACUCCAUGCUUUCUGAAAGUGUGACUGAGAGUAUUGAAAACAUAGGAAUAAACCUGGUCAGGCAAAGCUCACCUGUGUCUGUUGUAAAAGAAGCAGAUGGAACCCUAACCUAUAACACAACAAGUGGAACAUACCAAGGAUUUGAUUGUCUUCUCUGGGCCGUAGGUAGGCAUGCCUUGACUAAGGGUAUCGGCCUUGAAGAUGUGGGUGUGAAAACCGAUGCUAAGGGAGACAUUGUUGUAGAUGAAUACCAGAAUACCUCAGCACCUAAUUUCUAUGCUCUAGGAGAUGUGUGUGGAAAGUAUCUUCUUACACCAGUUGCUAUUGCUGCUGGAAGAAGACUAUCCCAUCGGCUUUUCAACAACGAGAGCUCCUUGAAAUUAGAUUAUAGUAACAUCGCGACUGUUGUUUUCUCUCAUCCGCCUAUCGGUACCGUCGGAAUGACAGAAGCGGAGGCUAUUGCAAAAUAUGGUGGCGAUAAUGUGAAGGUUUACCAGUCCACUUUCACCAACCUCUACUUUGCGAUGACAGAGAGGAAGGAGAAAACAAAGAUGAAGCUUGUUUGUGCUGGAAAGGAAGAAAGGGUCGUUGGGCUUCACAUGCAGGGUUUAGGAUGCGAUGAGAUGCUGCAGGGUUUCUCCGUUGCUGUCAAGAUGGGCGCUACCAAAGCCCAGUUUGAUGAAACCGUCGCCAUCCAUCCGACCGCUUCCGAAGAACUUGUGACGAUGCGUUAGGAGCAAGUACUCUUUUCGUUCAUCCACCGAGAUGAUGCAGGAUUAAAGGCCAUGUUCCAUGAAAUCUAUCAAGUUAAAGCUACUGUUAUAAGCAACCAGAAUCCUGUCAUUCGAUAGGCUAAAACAUAAUUUUUCAAAAACUUCCGGACCCUGACUAACAAAGAGUAAUGAAUGAUCUGGGUUCCAUUUCAUAAAACUUGCUACAAAAACAAAUUUAUAUCAGUUAAAAUCUACUGAAAUCCUUCAAUCUGAUUGGCUGAUAUUAAAUUUGGUAUAGAAAUCGUGCAUUUGUUAUUGUAUCAAGCUUUUAUGAAAUGGGAUUCUGAUCAUUUAACAACUAUGAAUAGCCAGGGUCAUCAACUUCUGCAAUGUACGGUACACGUGUAUGAUGUAUACUCAUACAUAAAUCAUUGUCUUGACAAGUACAUCAGUGUGCUUAGAACUCUUUGUUUUCAGAUGGGCAUUGUGUGUGCACCCUGUUUACAUGGAAAAUUAUGACAUUGAUGGCUUUCCAUAUAUAUUGACUAGAUAAAUCUUUAUGUGAGAACGUUCCCUAGUGUAAAUUAUGUGAUAAUGAUUCUUGUGAGAAGGGUGCCUUUCAGGUUUGGUAUUGGGAGAUUAGGGCCACUGAGGCAUAAGUCCGUAGAUCUGUUAAGAAGCACAAAUCAGUAUAUAAAAAUCUGCCAUCUUCCUCAUUUUCACAACCCCCUCCCCCUCUCUCAUUCCAAGUAUCCACUUCUAUUAUUUAUGCGUAUGAAUUCAAAGCAAAAAACAAGGAUAUACCUUAGUCAAUUUUGUUAAUUUAUAAAUAUGCUUUCAUUAUUGAUUACUCAAUCAGUGUACAAUUUGUUAUAUUUACCAACAGUCAUGUUGGGUGUAUGUAUAGUAUAUUAAGUUAAUGCAUAUAAUGCUCUUGUAUUAACAAUUUUUAAUUGAUUUUUUAAAUCAAACAUAAUCAUGCCAUAGUCAGUGACAAUCAUGAGGGAAAUAUUUAUCCAUUUCAGGUAGAUAAGAGAUAUUAUCACCCGUAUCAGACAUCUGAGCUGGUCAUUUACAAAACCGUAUUUCCCUGUAUUUUAUUAUUAUCAGGAAGGGAUAGGUAUAUUGUUUGUAUUUUCCUCGGUCUCAAUGCACGUAUUGACUUUGCAUGCAGAGAUGACACAAAAUAUACCUUUGUAUUUUCCCUGGUCUCACAUCCGGGCCUUUGAGGAAGCGAAUGAAGUGAUACGCUUCAUAAUGUUCCGCGCACCAACGAUCUACGUCAUAAUAAAGACAACGCUGGAUAUGGGCGCUUGCAAGUACGUCAUAAUGGUAAAGUGCAGAGCCUAGACACUGAUAUCAUGACACAACAGAACUCUAUUCUUAAAAGAUAUCACUGUUAUCAUGAUUUUUGCUCUAGAUAUCUGAUUUGGAUGAUAAUAAAAAUAUUGACUGCCCUUCUUUCGGGGAACAUCAAAUAUAUUGCCCUUAAAAGACCCAUAUUGCCCUCGUCUAAAGACUCGGGCCAAUAUGAUUCUUUUGCUGGCAAUAUAUUUGAUGUCCCCCUCAAGACCAGUCAAUAUUAUAUAGAUAUAUGUUGUCAUUUAUAUUUGUUUGUUGAAUGAAGACAACUCUUUGGAUGGAUUAUGUUUAUCCAAUAAAACUUAGUCUUGUAUGCAU